UGCACCCGGAAGAGACGUGGCAGCAGAGGAUAAUCGGGGCGGCUCGGGCUGAGGGGGAAGAGCGGCUGCUGGUGAGCGUGAUACCUGACCUGCGCCUCGAACCACUGCUUGCGCUGGUCCGGACCAGCGCCGUGGCCGAUCAGUGACAGAAAGAAUCUGGUCGGUCAUGGGACUUUGCAAGUGCCCCAAAAGGAAGGUGACCAACCUGUUUUGCUUCGAACACCGAGUCAACGUCUGUGAACAUUGCCUGGUAGCCAAUCACGCCAAGUGCAUUGUACAGUCCUACCUGCAGUGGCUCCAAGAUAGUGACUACAACCCCAACUGCCGACUUUGCAACACACCCCUGGCCAGCCGGGAGACGACCCGCCUUGUCUGCUAUGAUCUCUUCCACUGGGCUUGCCUGAAUGAACGUGCUGCCCAGCUACCCCGAAACACUGCGCCUGCUGGUUAUCAGUGUCCCAGCUGCAAUGGUCCCAUCUUCCCCCCAACCAAUCUGGCUGGUCCUGUAGCCUCUGCACUGAGAGAGAAACUGGCUACUGUCAACUGGGCCCGUGCAGGACUGGGCCUUCCUCUGAUUGAUGAGGUGGUGAGCCCAGAGCCUGAAUCCCUCAAUUCCUCCAGCUUCUCUGACUGGUCCAGCUUUAAUACCACUGACCCCAGUGCACAGGAGAAGACAGAAAGUACUUCUGCUCCCACAGUCUUCUACAGCCAGGCCCCAAGGCCCCCUUCAUCUUCCAGCCCACCUGACCAGCACACAGUCAUCCACAUGGGCAGUUCUGAGCCCUUGACUCACGCCCCAAGGAAAGUGUAUGACACAAGGGACGAUGACCGGGCACCAGCCCUCCAUGGGGAUUACGAUGAUGACAAGUACCGCCGGCGGCCUGCCCUGGGCUGGCUGGCCCAGCUGCUCAGGAGCCGGGCUGGGUCUCGGAAGCGGCCUCUGACCCUACUGCAGCGAGCAGGGUUGCUGCUGCUCUUGGGGCUGCUAGGUUUCCUGGCCCUCCUUGCCCUCAUGUCUCGUCUGGGCCGGGCUGCAGCUGACAGUGAUCCCAAUCUGGACCCACUCAUGAACCCACACAUCCGUGUGGGCCCCUCAUGAGCCCUGGCUUGUGACUGGGCCAGCUCAAGGCCCCAAGGAGGGAGACAUUCCUCACCCUCAAGUCCAAGACACUAAGAUCCCAGGCCCAAAGCCAAGGCCACCAGGGCAGCUGCAGGCUGGGUCUGGAGUCCUAUAGGUCAAGCAUUUGUCUUAAUUUGCUUCUCCUUGGAUCUCCUGCCCCCUACCCCAACCCCUCGAAGGAGUUGACAGGGGCAAAUAAACAACAGACUUUAUUA